AUGCAUUUCACACAGGAGUACUCAUUUGAAUUCAAAUCCCGGAUAGCGGCAAAGAUCAUGACAGCGGCACCACAAUCGACCGGACGGGAGCUGACAAGCCCUCCAACAGACGGCAUAUCAAAUAUCCGCUUCUCCAACCACAGCGACAAUCUAUUGGUUUCGUCUUGGGAUAAGAGUGUUCGAUUGUACGAUGCGAGUGCCAAUGCACUGAGAGGAGAGUUCAUGCACGGAGGUGCUGUGCUUGAUUGCUGCUUCCAUGACGAUUCCUCAGGGUUCACUGCAUGUGCUGACCACACUGUUAGAAGGCUGGUGUUCAAUCAGGGCAGGGAGGAUAUUUUGGGAAGGCACGAUGCACCAGUUCGAUGCAUUGAAUACUCAUAUGCAACUGGCCAAGUUAUUACUGGUAGUUGGGACAAAACCCUCAAGUGUUGGGACCCCAGAGGUGCAAGUGGUCAGGAGCGUUCUCUUAUUGGAACAUACACACAACCAGAACGUGUUUAUUCUCUGUCUCUUGUUGGCAAUCGUUUGGUAGUAGCCACUGCUGGAAGACAUGUAAAUGUUUAUGAUCUUCGGAACAUGAAUCAACCUGAACAACGGAGGGAAUCUUCAUUGAAGUACCAAACUAGAUGCGUGCGAUGUUAUCCCAAUGGAACAGGUUAUGCUCUUAGUUCCGUGGAAGGACGGGUUGCAAUGGAGUUUUUUGAUCUCUCUGAGGCUGGUCAAUCCAAAAAAUAUGCAUUCAAAUGUCAUCGUAAAUCAGAAGCUGGAAGGGAUAUUGUGUACCCAGUAAAUUCUAUUGCGUUUCAUCCCAUCUAUGGUACAUUUGCUACCGGAGGUUGUGAUGGUUAUGUCAACGUGUGGGAUGGGAACAACAAGAAGAGGUUGUAUCAGUACCCAAAGUACCCAACAAGCAUUGCAGCUUUGUCAUUUAGCAGAGAUGGUAGAUUGUUGGCCGUUGCAUCCAGUUACACAUAUGAGGAGGGGGACAAACCCCAUGAACCAGAUGCGAUAUUUGUGCGCAGUGUGAAUGAGGUUGAAGUUAAACCAAAACCGAAAGUGUUGCCCAAUCCAGCAACAUGA